AUGGAAAAUUCAGGGAUAAACCCUAUGGUGAAUCUGCAGCAAAAUCUGGAAGAAGAAGAAUAUGAGGCAGUUUUCAACGAUGAAGUUCCCCAACACCUUGGUGAGCCAAAAUUGAGGCUGGUUGGCAAACUGUUCACCGAAAGGGAAGUCAGAUGGAAAGCCAUGUUAGGAAUGAUCAAUGGGGCCUGGUCACAGUUCUGUGAGCCGGAGAUUCAAGAGGUGGGUAAGACUCGCAACACUUUCAUCUUCAUCUUCAAUCGGAAAGAGGAAAUGGAUCGAGCGUGGGAAGGCAGACCAUGGCAGAUUUCCGGAAAUAUGCUUCAACUCAAGCAAUGGGAUCAGAACACUCGCCCCCAGAAUAUGGAUUUCAGUUUGGCUGACUUCUGGAUCCUAGUCCAUGGGAUUCCAGAUCAUAAGAGGACCAUCCCCAACAUUGAAGCAGCGGUGGCGAUGUUCAAAACCGUGCACAACAUUGAUAUGAGGGGGCUAAACCCAGAUCGAUACAUGGAAUUCGUCAGGGUCUUUAUCGAAACUAAUCUUAAGAGGCCGCUUCCACCUGGAUCUUACUGCUCGUCAGGGGGAGUAAGAGAUUGGCUGGGAUUUAGGUAUGAAAAAUUAUAUGUGUUGUGCUACUAUUGCGGGAGGCAUGGGCAUUGCAAACAAGACUGCCCAAGAAGGAGAGCAGAUUUGGAGGCUCGUAUUGCAGGACCUCCGGAGGGGAGAUUUACCCCAUGGAUGAAGGCGGGCACAAAGGCUAGCCGCCCACCACCGCCACCGAGGGGACGAGUGAUCCAUCAGUCGUCGGGAGAUGCUGGAUCAAGCACGAGAUCGCCCGGUUUCAUUCAGAAUCAACUCUGGAUCCCGGGACAAACUUCUCCGGGAACUAUUCCACCGUACUCACCAACGGGAAGAUUCACAGGAGGCUACUUCUUCUUCGGCUGCGAGAAAUCUCACAAGGGAGAUGGAGGAGGCAGCUGCAUGGGCCCACCUUUUUCCACAUCCGAUGCCUCAAUAUUUUGGGGAUUUAUUGGCCCAUGGGAAACAAGCCCACGUUCCAGUCCACUUUACUCCAGCCCACCAGAGCUUUAUUGA